GAUUGUCGUAAACAGGCUUGAAAGUUGAUGAAAUACGUCAGUAAUGCUUUACGGUUGUUAGUGAGAGGAGAGUGGAAACAGGGCAGAAUAUACUCUGGGAUGGCUGAUGUACCGUCUGGGCCUAGCGUGCUCUCUCCACCCCCUCCUGAAAUCUCACCCUUUUCUGGGUCCGGGGUUGCCUUAGCCAGUGCUUGUAACUUGGUGGAAGAAGGUAAUUCAUCAGGAAGAUACACUAAUAACUGUGCACACGCAGACGACACGGAUUUAAUCGAGGAGUCAGAGGGGAAGGCAAGAAGUACUGACGGUGGGAAGGGGCAUCAUUGUCAUCGUCCUUUGAAUGGUUUAAUAAAUUCUGAUUUACAUCAUCAUUUAGCAACUUCUUACAAAACUGAAAUUGCACACAAAGGUGGUAAUGUUAAAGAGAGUUCAAAAACAGGACAGUUGUUAUCAGAAAACAAAACAGUCGGCAAAACAAAAGGUGAACUGCGAUUAGUUGAUGGAUCUAGUAAUAACAUAUGUCAUGCAGAUAAUCGGAGGACUGCUGAAAAUGACAGUCAUGACAGAAAUGGACUCGAUCAGGUUAAUGCACAAAACGAGGACGCACUAACCACUUCAUUAGCAGCUUGUUGUUUACAAGACUCUGAAAAGGAUGGUGGUCAGCCAGAAAGAAGAGACAUCACAAUAUCGUAUGUUCGUUACGAAUCUGAGCUACAAAUGCCAGACAUUAUGCGGUUGAUCACCAAAGAUCUUUCGGAACCUUAUUCCAUUUAUACUUACAGAUAUUUUAUUCACAACUGGCCGCAGCUUUGUUUUCUGGCCAUGGUUGAUAAAGAAUGUGUAGGUGCCAUUGUUUGCAAGCUGGACAUGCAUAAAAAGAUGUUCCGAAGAGGAUACAUAGCCAUGUUAGCUGUGGACUCCAAGUACAGAAGAAAAGGCAUUGGUACACAGUUGGUGAAGAAAGCAAUUUAUGCCAUGGUCGAGGGGGACUGUGAUGAGGUUGUAUUGGAAACCGAGAUUACGAACAAGUCUGCAUUGAAACUUUAUGAAAAUCUUGGCUUUGUGAGAGACAAGAGGCUUUUCCGAUAUUAUUUAAAUGGAGUUGAUGCACUGCGUCUAAAAUUGUGGCUGCGUUGAAGUAGAAAUGUUAUGUCAAGGAACAAGUUCCCGGCAAUGCGGAGCCCUCCAUUGCAUGCAUUGCAAUCUGUGCAAAUUGCUUUGCAUUGGGAUGUACUCAUUUCCAUGGAGCUCUUUAACUGUCUGUGUCUCAUUGAAUGUCACACAUUUGUUGCACUGUGGCAUGGCGCGCUUGUUCCAAAUUUGAAUAUUUCAUUUUUCAAGAAGUUAUUUUUGGUACUAACAGGAUGUGCCAUUUAAUAGGAAAGACACAGUCAUCCAGUUGUAUUUUCCUGAACCGUUUACUAUACACAGAGAAUCUUGUAGCAACGUACACACUGAUGGAGUUUAAUACAUGGUUCCGAAAGAGGCCAAUGUAGAGUGAAACUUCUACAUAACUUUACCAACAUUUCUUAUAGAACUUGCCAUACAUUUCUGAAAAAUGUUAAUAUUUUAGGUUUUAUUUUUCAGUACUGAAUUUUCCAUUUCCAAAUAUUGGUUACCUCGGUGAUUAGUGAAUGAAGAAAAUGUAUUGUCGGGCAAAAUGUGCAUUACUCUUGAGUAAUUGCAAACCAUUUUGAACUGUCUACCAGUGCCUGCAUUGAUAUGCAUAUUUCUCUUCACUUCUGGUUUGAAUGCAUGCUUCUUUUCUUUUGAGUUGCCUUUGAAAAAGAGGUUUCUGCUUUUAUUUAAAUUCUGAUUUUCAUAAAUUAUUUCAGAUUAUUUUUAUGAUUUGAAGACCUAUACCAGGAAAAGAGAGAGGGAAAAAGACUAUUUGCUUUAAAAACCCUUGAUAUUUUGAAAUAUCUAAGCUAUUUUGAAGAAAACUUUGAUAGCUGCUAAUCUGAAGCCCUUAGCUAUGAGAAUUAAAUCUAUGCUGGUUCUGGAUGCACUUUUUCAUUGAAUCCAUGAGGGAAUUAAAGAUAUAUAGAAAUUUGCUGUAAAUUGGUUUUGAUUUUAUUUAAUCAGAAUUCGUGCUAAUAGCUCU